AUGCAAGUGGAUUCCAUGGAUGCUAUCAUAGAACGUUGUGUAAAUCGAGUAAGGCUAAACGUCCCUGCAGAUUAUGCAUACCACUGCAAAAAAGCAAGAAAAAAUCCUAAACCCUACGAGGUAACUGAUAUUCGGGGCCUAAGAUAUACACCAGUAGGAGACAUCUAUUAUAAACUUCGGUUCUCUGAUGAAUGAGAAUUACUUUCGCAAAGAAAAUCUCAAGUUGACAUUAUUGCCUGGACAGUGUUGGACCAUCUGUAUAAAGAUAAAAUUCCAAUAUCUGCGCGAAAAUAUUCCGACCUUCAAGAAAUUAACUGUACUAUUCCAGCGGACUAUCAACAUUUUUAUAAUCAUUUGCCACACCUGUGAAUUUGUAGAUGUUUUAGUUUAGAUGUUUUGAUCAUUUUGAAUACACUGAAAUAAAUAUUAUUACUAAAAAUAAAAGUUGCUAACUCCAAAAUUCCUUCUUUUCUAUUCAAAUGAAC